UUUGGCCGGGUCCAUCUGAUGUUUUGACAUUGAACAUCAUCUCUCUUCGGACAGGGCGAGUAAGCAGAAGGAAAGCAAAAGGGAUCAGCUUGCACUCUGAGCACCAGCAUAAGCCACCAACGUCCCCAUCAGCCUUCCAACGCUUCGCCCAAAGUAUGCCAGCCUUGCGGUAGCGAUGCUCAGCGAGGAGCUCUCCACUGACAUGGACAGGAUCACUCAGCUUCAAGAUGCCAUACUCGAUCUCCUCACUAUCUGCCAUACGUCGAUCGAGUACAUCACCAAGAGGACACAGUUUGAACAGAAUUCAAAUACCAUUCCAGCGACUCUGCAUACCAACUCUGCAGCCAAACGGAAAGACUAUAAGGCGGCUAUAGAGACGUUCGUAGCGGACAUCAUUCAGCGUUCAAAGGAUGUAGAGCUGCUUAUCGCUGCACUGCCGAAGAAGGAGGACAGUGAUGCAAGGGCAGGGAGGAUCGAAGAGUUGCAGCGCGAAAUGGAUGAGGCCAAUGGGCAGUACAAAGAGGCCUUGGCAGAUGCCGAGAGUCUCCUCAAAGAGCUCGAAGCUGCUCUAGGGGAGGUAUUGGAUGAUCCAGUCAUACAAGGAGUGGACGAUGUUAUGGAAGGCAAAGGGUGAUGCAACAUCUGACAAGAGUACAAGAGGCGCACAGUGGUCUGAUGACGAGUCGUGGAAGAUACAAGAACAACAUGAGCCAAUUGGUUUCGUGUUAAUUGAACAUGCUACCGUCACAAUUGGCAGAUCCACUGUU